AUGACUGGGUCUGGUAGUGGCUCGCAUGCCGUUGUUGGCAACAAGACCGGCUUCGCUGCACUUUGGGCAGUUGUUGCCAAAGUGGUGAUUCGACUGAGAUACCUUGGACUCCUGGGCUAUGCUUUGGAGUGGCUGCUGGAGGCUUGCCAUUCCAGCAGCAAGCUGCACAAGCUUUUGCACCCGAUCAACACGCCGAAGUUCCACUUGUUGGCCAUCAGCAUGGUGUUGGCAGGUCAUGUCGCAGAGCACUUGCACCAGGAAGAGGAGAAUCAUCACCAGGAGGCGCAUCUAGCCAGCCUUCGUGCCGAGCUUCAAAAGUUGCGUCAUCGUGAUUAG